AUGGAUGAAAGUCUUCAAGCCGAUUUUUUCCAGUAUUUAUCUCGAAUUGGUCGGAAUGGUGUGAUGAAAUCUGUGUCGGCGCAAGUGGCCACGAGUAAAUCGAGAGAGGGGGAAAAUAAUAUGAAUAUUAAUUUUACAUGUCAAGCUUGGCUCAGCGAUGACAGAUCGUGCUUAUGCGCCUUGGCAACGACGAAGGGCUUCGUUAUUGUGUGGAAUUAUGAAGAUAGAAAAUGUGAGAUUCAUGAGAAGUUCGAUGAGGAAGUUUGUUGUGUGGCAAUCCACCCCAACGGUUUUGGGAUGAUAGUUGCUCUGGCGGGAAGAAUUAGGUUGAUGAACUUACUGAUGGAUGCUAUCCAACCGUACAAGGAUCUUCCAGUGAGGAAUAGUCGAGAAGUUAAAUACGCCCAUGGGGGUCAUCUUUUUGCGGUGGCGGGAUCGGCUAAUCAAGUUCAGAUAUAUAAGACGUACAGUGCGGAGUUGUUCUGUACGACUAUUGCUGGCGGGCAGGCGACGAUGCUCGGCAGUGUCGGUAUGCAGGAGGCGUUAGCGGCGGCUGGUCUUGGAGGGCUUCGCACCGCGGGUAAGUGGAUAUCGUUCGAUGGCGCCUGA